AUGACGGGGCGGUUGGGCGCGGCGGUGCUGCUCCUGUUCUGCGCGAUCCUUGGCCCAGGCCAUGCCGACGGUAAGCCAGAGGACGAGGAGGUGUUGGAGGCGCCUCGGGUCGGUAUUCCGCUGGUGCGGAACGACGAGUUGCACGAGGACAACGCCGACCCCUGGUACACCGAGUCCUAUCAGAGUUAUAUUCAAGCGCUCGCUUGUAAGUUGGUUGGGAAGAGAUUGGUGGCAAGUUUGAUUUUGUUUGUAGAUCUAAUGGGGAAGUGCAAAAGUCGAGACUUUCACUCAAAACGAAAUAAAUUUCAAUAUUUUAAGCGCUUUUUUUAUUUCACCUUUAAAAGUUCAUCAUUUUUUCGAAGAAAAUAAUUGGCAAUAAAAAAUUGCACGGAAGGAAAUCCGAACCAGCGUCAUCAGCUCCAUGGCCCAGACCGCUAACCACUACACCACAACGCUUGCUCGCAGCUGGAGUGUGCCCUCGCAAGACAUUCCCUCUUUUGUUCCAAUGCAUUUUGCAAGUUUUGAGGCGCCAUAACUCGGCUAGAACCAAAAAGACGCACUUUUUUUUUCAAUUUCUUUGGAUUCAGGAUGUCCAAAAAAGUCUAUAAACCAAGUUUUAUUGAAUUCCAAUACCUCGAACUUUUGCACUUCCCGUGUUGGCUCAGGCUUUGAUCGAAUAAGAAAAGUUCAAGUCAGGAGAGAAAAUUUCUAAAAGAUGUAUAGUCCAUUCGCCGCGACUUGAAACUUUCUGCUUCUCUGCGUCUCUCUGUUCCCUCAGCGGCGAGGUCAGAGAAGCAUAAAAAUAGCACGUAAACGUGAGAGGGCCGCCGAGAGACGAGGAAAGCGCAGAGAAGUCUGGCCCUUUCAAGUCGGGAAAAACGGACUAUGUUAUCCAAAAAAAAAAUUAAAAUACGUUUUGGGUCUAUUAUUUUAAUGAAGUAAGCUUUGAAAGUACCACACAUUUCCUACAGGUCAACCAGAGUUUGCGUUUAGAAACUUAUCAAACCAUUUUUUUUCUUUAGAGAAGGGUGAGGUACAAUGAGUCAAGUUGUUUGAACUUCAAUGAGCUUGACUCUUAAAGAUUGACUCAAAAAGUUCUCAAGACAUAUUUUAGACCCAGCCCGAUUGGUAGUACGACCGGACGCCUCCACGGUCGCCGACGAGUCCAGGGUUUCUUUUUUCUGCAGGGCUGAUGGGAACCCACUUCCCAACGUCGUCUGGCGCGUCAACGGCAAGCCGAUCACUGAUCAACGGUAUCAGAAUUAUCAAUUCUCUAUGUUUUUAAUUUUUCGAGCUUUUUUUCUCUUCAAGGGAAAAACACACGGGCAGAAAGUUCAUCUUUUUGUUUUGCAAAAUUUAAAAAAUAAUGAUUUUUCGAAAAAUCGCCAAAAAAAUUGGUUCAAAUUUUUUUCAAAUUUUAUGUCUAUCAUUUACGAUAUCCUCUUGUAACUGCUCACCUCUCUCAGGUGCUCUCCGCAUUUUUUUCGGACAAUACUGAUCACUAAGUGAUCACUAAAAGUAGCUUCAGAGCCUCUUUAGGGGAUCACCUCAUGAACUCACAAUUGUCUCGAGAGAGUGGUCACCCAUUGAAAAAAUCGAAAAUUUAUGUUUUUUUUUUUUUUAUGAACUCUCGAAUUUCCAGAUUCACCAUCAAAUCGCUACCAACGGGACUUUCCACCCUUCGGGUGGACCCGGUGAGGCGGGACGACAACGGGACCGUCGUGUCCUGCUCUGCGGACAACGGCGUCGCCAACCCCGUCGUCACCGAAGCCAUGCUCACCGUCAUUCCGAGAGGUUCCUUUUUUUGUGGUCCCUAUAGGGGCAACCUUAGCAACUCUUGGAGGUUACCCUCGAGAGAUCGCUUCACGAACCUCUAUAGGGGCCACUAAAACUUGCAAAAGUGUCUCUAUAGGGGUUUUAAGGGGAUUGCCUUUAUUCUUAAAAUCUUUUCCCCAAUGUUUUUCGAAGCCGUUGAUAAAAUUUUGUCUUUUGAGACCAGAAAGAGUACGUUUCAAAAGCUAUACAAAUGCAUUUUUUUCCAAGUUUUAAUAUUUGUAUUCCCAUAGCCAGCCUUUUACCUAUUUUACUAAUUUUUUGGAAAGUUAUGAUUUUCUGGGAGGUUUUUGAAUUGAUGAACCAAAGUUUAGCUGUUGAAUUUGUUGGAAAUGAUCGUUUUUGUUAGAUUUUCUCACGAAAUUUGGUUAUGAAAUCAUUUUUUACAGACAAACUCCCAUCGGGCUUCCCGCAAAUCGACCUCCAUCCUACAUUGAAGUCGGUCGAACAAGGAAAAACGGCCUACGUUUCCUGUCGAGUGAGUUUUUUCGACUUUUGGCUCAACUGGUUAGAGGCUUGCUUCUCGUCAGAUGGGUCUUUGGUUCAAACUUUUUCUGAUUCUGAAAAUAUUCAGGUGCGAGGGGAACCCCGGGCCAAAGUUCUAUGGCUCCGCGACUUGAUCCCCCUGGACAUUCGGGCCGAAGGGCGCUACUCUGUUUCGACGAUUGGAAAUCCUGGUUUGAACUAUUUUCCUUCUAAAUAUAGGCUUCUAUGUCCUGGAAGGAGAAGUAAAUUGCCACCUUCGGCUCCUAAAAGCUUUCUAGAUAAGUUGGAAAACGUUUCGAAAAAGGGCCAAAAAAUCAAAAUUUGAACAUUUUUUGAACUUCGAGUUGAUCUUACAAUGUUGAACUAAAGAUGUGGAGGAAGGUUAUUAAAUUUUUUUUUCUUUUUCAUGAGUUGGGAUUUUGAAGUUUUUGAUAUCCUUUUUGGACAGUUAAGAAUUUUUUGUGAGUUCUAUGAGUAGUCAAAAAAAUUUUUUAGGGUUUUUUGUAGCCAUCCAGGAGGGACUUGAGAAUUUUUUAGGCCUCCAUGAGGUAUUCGAAAUCGAAAAAUGGGUUUUUUCAAACCCCAUUUGGAAUGGCUCUAAAACUUUCCCGGUUUCGCUAGUAAUAGAAGCUGGCUUACAGUAACUGAAUUAACUACAGUAAUCUACAGUAGUUUCAACUAUUAGAAACUUGCUAUAGAACUUUUCUAUGUCCUAGCGAGAACCGUUUUGGGUCCGGCGCUUUUUUAAAAACAGACUUUUUGCGUUGAGCCAAUCCCCUUGCGGCCAUUUGAGGUUUCAAAAGACGAAUUCUAACGAACAGAGAGACUUAUUUCACUAGAUGAUUAUAACUUUCUUGGCGAAAAAUUGAGAAAUUGUUCGGGGAUCCGAACCAGCGACCCUCUGAGCAAUGGCCUAAACCCUUACCAACUGAGCCAUAUGACAAGGACAAUUCUAGGUGCUCUGAUGAUCCAACAUGCACGCGAAGAGGACCAGGGGAAGUACGAAUGUGUCGCCAGGAACGAUCACGGUGUCGUCCAUUCGAAAGCCGCUCAUCUUUACGUCAAAGGUACGUUUUUCCUCCGCAUUUUAUUGAUUUUUCAUUUAAUCGAUCAAUCAAUAUCAAUCAAUAUUUACUUUUUUUUUUUCGUGAUGUUACCAGACUAUAUUGAAGGUGUUGUUGUCAAGCUGAUUUUUGGCUUUUCUGAGAAAAUUUGAAGUGCUAUCUUAAGGGUUCCUCGAAGAGACAUCUCUGAAAUUCUGA